AUGGGCGGGCAGAAGCAGAAUCCACUGGACCCGCACAGCCAGAGUCGAAAUCCGGCAUCAACGCACCACACCUCAAGUCGCACACGAUUCUCCCUCAGAAGGUCGUGUUCCCUCGAUCCAGUUCUUGGGCAGCUGGAAAGAAGACAUGAUGAGGGAGAUGAUGCAGAAGUUCUCAGAUGGGCGAUCCGCCUACGCACCGAACAUUUGGAUCUAGUAUCAAGAACCACUGAGAAAUCGCCUUUCUCGGAAUGGAUUCAGAAUGAGCCAAAACCUCGAGACUUCGUCAUCCUUUCCCUGCCUGCGUUGAAUGGAAAGGGAGACCCACUAAACUACUUAUUUCAAUUUCAACAGAAGAUGGCAUUAGAAGCUAAUAACGAAGCCAUACAAUGCAAAGUCUUUUCAACGACUUUCUCCGGGCCAACUCUGUUAUGGUUCCGACAAUUAAAACCCGGGUCACUCAACAGUUUUAGUGAUCUCCGACGAACCUUCUUACAGCAAUACAGCGCGAACCAAGAGGCGCCCAAAACAAUGGCCGAUCUCUAUCGGAUUGAACAGGGGGAGAAUGAACAUCCGAAAGCAUACUUGCAGCGUUUCAUUGACCUCGUGCAUCAAAUCCACGACGUCGACCCACUCACCGCAGCAAAUAUCUUCGUCAAAAGCUUGCAGGUGGGAUCUCUCUUACAUGAGAAUCUCACCAUGACACCACCAUACGAUAUGGCAGAUGUGCAGACCCGAUCCGAGGGCGUCUUCAGGGUAUUAGAAUUUCGAGAGCGUGCACAGAAGAAGUCUGCACUCAUCUCUGCUUCGCCAACAAAUAAUCCUCCACCACCUGAUAGGGAUGACAAGAGGAAGCAGAACCAAACAAAUCAUACGAAGGAAGGAAAAAGGCCAAGGCAGGAUCGACAGCUACCACGAUACCCAUCCUUCGAGUACACCGUCCCGCAAGAAGUCAUUUAUGAAGAAAAUAAAGACAGACCUAUCUGGCGAGAGCCCUACAAAAUUACCACUCCAUCUGACAGAAGGGAUAAAAGCAGAUACUGUCUCUUCCACAAAGAUCACGGUCAUACGAUCGCUGAAUGCCACAAUUUGAACAAUCAGAUCCAAGCCCUCAUGAGGAGUGGGAGGCUUACCCAAUACAUCAAGGAGACGGGCAGACCAGGCACCACGCGGCAAAACCCCACUUCUGCCCCCACUCCACAAGCGUCAGACCUCGUGCACAUAGCCUCUGACAGCACCCAGGAGCCUCUUAAGCAAGUCCCUAUGAUCCACGGGAUCGUAGAACCCACUAAUAAUCAAGAGCAUGCAACCAAAAUCCAUAAAAGGAUGGAAGAACGAGUGAAGAGAUACAAAUCAUUAGGCCACGCGGUCAAUCUCGUCACUUCAGAAGACAGAAGCUACCCAGCCUCUGCAAUCACCUUCACCCAUGAUGACCUGAAGGGCGUCCACCUACCCCAUGAUGAUCCACUCGUCAUUUCCCUACAAGUUGACCAUUGCCAGCUGGGCAGAGUUCUAAUCGACGGGGGUAGUGGGGUCGACAUCCUCUUCUGGGAAGCCUUCCAGAAGAUGGGGCUAGAGGAGAAUCAGAUCCAGCCCUCCACCAUGCCCAUUUUGGGAUUCAACAGCCAAAGAGUCUAUCCAAAGGGUGUCGUUCGAUUAACGGUGGUGGCUGCAGAACGCGCCCUGCCCGUAGACUUUCUCAUUAUAGACUCCACCACAAGCUACAACGCCAUCAUGGGGAGAAAUUGGAUCCACCGAAUGCAGGGGGUAGUCUCAGCUCUACAUCAGGUGAUGCGGUGUCAAUCACUCAACGGGCGCUACACCGUCGACAUCAAAGGCUGCCAGAAGCAGGCCAAAAAGUGCUUCCUUACCUUAAAAGAAAUAAAUAGCUCUGGCACUGCUUCCCAUGACUACUCCCUCGAAAAAUAG